AGCUCCUCCCGUCACUCCCCCCCAUUCCCGCAGCUCCUCCUCCCUCUCCCCCAGCCCCCCCCCCGCUCUCCCCCGGCUCCUCCCGCCGCUCCCCCCGUGUUUCCCGCAGCUCCUCCCGCCGCUCCCCCCGUGUUCCCGCAGCUCCUCCCGCGGCCCCCCCGCUCCCGCAGCUCCGCAGUCCGGCGCAGCCCCGGCCGGAGAAAAUGGCGGAUCGCGCCGAGAUGUUCUCGCUCUCCACCUUCCACUCGCUCUCCCCGCCCGGCUGCAGGCCCCCCCAGGACAUCAGCCUGGAGGAGUUUGACGAUGAGGACCUGUCGGAGAUCACGGACGACUGUGGCAUCGGCCUCAACUACGACUCGGAUCACUAUGAGAAGGACUGCCUGGUGCUGGACCGCGGGGAGCAGCCCCACCCCGUCUGCACCUUCCAGGACGACUUCCAGGAGUUCGAGAUGAUCGACGACAACGAGGAGGAGGAGGAGGAGGAAGAGGAGGAGGAGGAGGGCAACGAUCUGGAAGCUCCACCGUCCCCUUCGGCCUCACCCAUCCCCUCGCCCGCCCUGGAGGAGACGCAGAAGCACCGACCCACCACGCUCAACCUGACGGCCCCGGGCACCCAGGAUUCCCUGAACAACAACGGCAGCUUCCCACCGCCCGCUCACCGCACGACCUGGCAGGACGCCCUCCUCCACUCCUCCUCCUCCUCCUCUUCCUCACACACCGGACACUCGUCUCCCCACGCCUGCAUCCUGGACGGACCCUGCCUGGAGAGCCCGCGGGGCCCCGGGGGGGCCCCCCCCUCGCUGCCGCCCUCCCCCUUGGACUCGCAAGGCAACAGCCCCGAGUCCCUGGCACAUGGUAACCCAUCGCCCCCGAGUGCCGGGCAAGAUUUUAACAUGAACCUCAUCUCCGCAGCGCUCCGAGCUCCGCUGUCCCCGCCGCGCCCCCGCCAGCCGCCCCCUCAACCGUGUCUCUCUCCAACAGGGCCCGCGGCUCCCCCCGGCCCCCCCGACGCCGGCCCCCCGCCCCCGGCCCCCGCCGCUGCCCCCCGCGCCCCCACGCAGCCCGAGGCGGCCCGGGGGGCCCCCAGCCCGGGGUCCCCCCGCCCGCAGCCCGGCCCCCCGCGGCCCCCCGAGGAGCGGGCGGACGGCGCCCGCGUGUGCCCCCCGGAGCCGCUCAGCUCCGACGGGGAGGGUCCCCGGUCCGGCCGGGCGGCCAGCGUGCGCGGGCACCCCUCGGGCUCCUCGGAGACCACCUCGCCCUCCUCGGACCCCGGCAUCGAGGCCGACCUCACCAGCCGCACCGCCAAGCCCUUCCUGCCCGGCGGGCGGCACGGGGAGGACCUGAGCUCGCCCGGCUCCGACUCGGACGUGGAGGGGGAGCUCGAGGCGGCCUUCGCCGGCGGGCGCCUGGUCAGCAACAUGAUCUCCUCCAUCUCGGAGACCGAGCUGGACCUGAGCAGCGACAGCAGCAGCGGCCGCUCCUCCCACCUCACCAACUCCAUCGAGGAGGCCAGCUCGCCCGGCUCCGAGGGAGAGCUGGAGCCGGAGCUGGAGGCGCCCGGCCUGAUGGGCAUCAAGGACUCGCUGCUGCUCGACAAGGGCAAGGAGGAGGAGGAGGAGCCCGCGGAGAGGGGGCCGCCGGAGCGCGGCGUGGUGAGGCGGCAGAGCCUGGCCGAGCUGAAGAUGGAGGGGUACUACGACAGCCUGGACCCCGCCGACUGCCCCGCGCCCGAGGGCCAGACCGAGGUCUCCGCCUCCAGCCCCCUGGACCUGAAGAUCGACCCGGACCACAGCCUGGAGAGCAUCCGCCGCUCCUUCUACCUGCCCGUGGGGCCCAAGCUGAUGCCCGAGGCGGACGAGGAGGACAACAGCGAGUACGACUCCGACUCGGAGUCGGAGCCCGACCUGAGCGAGGACUCGGACUCUCCCUGGCUGCUCAGCAACCUGGUCAACAAGAUGAUCUCGGAGGGCUCGUACCCCAUCAAGUGCCCGGACGAGUGCUUCCAGAACACCCACUCGCUGUGCGACACCAUCUCCCCGGCCUCCGACCUGGAGCCCGAGAUCCUGAGCGAGGCGCUGGACGAGGAGCCCGUCCCGCGGGACUCUCCGGCGGGGCCGGGGGACGCGGCGGUGCCGCGGUGCCAGCGCGCCAUCGAGCUGGUGGACAUGGAGACGCUGCGCAGCUCCCUGGAGUGCGCCGAGGACGAGCGAGGCCUGGACGCCGCCACGGAGCCGCCGCCGGAGCCGCCGGCCGAGGAGCCGGGCCCCUUCCUCUUCCUCAGCAACCCCACCAACGACACCAUCGCGCCCGUCUUCCCGGGGCGCCCCGUCACCCUCGACAGGCUGGACGCCUCCGAGGUCCUGGCCACCUUCGGCUGCCGUCCUGCACCGCCACGUGUCCCACCACGUGUGUCCCCAGGUGCUGAACCCGCCGUCACCGGGGACCACCACGGCGCCGGGGACCACCACAGCACUGGGGACCACCACGGCGCCGGGGACCAGCGCACCGCCAGCCCCGAGGGCUGGGCCGUCGACAAGGACCUGGACUCGGGGGUCCUGGAAGCCGCCGACAUGAUCGACGACGUCCGGUUAGUGCCCCCCGACGCCGACCCCGCCACGCUGGACGUCUCCACCGCCAAGACCAACCGCGGCUUCGCCAUGGCCUUUGAUGAGGACGAGGGGUCCUUCCUGCCCAGCUCCCCCUUCCCCACGGCCCCGCGGCGGGGCAGCUUCGGGGGGGAGCUGCCGCCCGUCCCCGGGGCGCCGGAGCCGCCGGCGCUGGACGAGUCGCUGGCCUACGACUCGGUGAAGUACACGCUGGUGGUGGACGAGCACACGCAGCUGGAGCUGGUGAGCCUGCGGCGCUGCACGUCCGUGCUGAGCGACGACAGCGACCUGCUGCGCGCCUGCGACCGCUGCGACAUGGACGACGAGGUGGCCUUCGGGGACGGGCUGGUGGCCCCCGACGCGCACAGCUCCUCCGAGGACUCGUCCCCCGAGGCCGACCUCCAGUUCUCCAAGAAGUUCCUCAACGUCUUCGUCAACAGCACCUCGCGCUCCUCCAGCACAGAGUCCUUCGGGCUGUUCUCCUGCAUGGUGAACGGGGAGGAGCGGGAGCAGACCCACCGCGCCGUCUUCAGGUUCAUCCCCCGCCACGAGGAUGAGCUGGAGCUGGACGUGGACGACCCCAUCCUGGUGGAGCUGGAGGAGGACGACUACUGGUACCGGGGGUACAACAUGCGGACGGGGGAGAGGGGCAUCUUCCCCGCCUUCUACGCCCACGAGGUGGUCGGCCAGGCCCGGGACGCCAUCGGCCUGAAGAGGAACCCGUGCUGGGUGGAGCGGUUCAACGUGCAGUUCCUGGGCUCCGUGGAGGUCCCGUAUCACCAGGGCAACGGGAUCCUCUGCGCCGCCAUGCAGAAGAUCGCCACCACCAGGAAGCUGACGGUGCAUCUGCGCCCCCCGGCCAGCUGUGACCUGGAGGUGACGCUGCAGGGCAUCAAACUCAUCCUGACCGUCACCGAGUACAGCCGGGACGAGGAGUUCGAGCGCUGCAGCCACUUCUUCCAGAUGAAAAACAUCUCCUUCUGCGGGUGCCACCCCCGGAACAGCUGCUACUUCGGGUUCAUCACCAAGCACCCGGUGCUGAGCCGCUUCGCCUGCCACGUGUUCGUGUCCCAGGAGUCCAUGAGACACGUGGCCGAGUGUGUCGGCCGAGCGUUUCAGGAAUAUUACCAGGAGCACCUGGAAUACGCCUGCCCCACAGAGGACAUCUACCUGGAGUAGGGGGGCAGCGGGGGGGCUCCUGCUUCCGCACCCCCCUCCAGCCCCACGGCGGCCAGAGACUGUGUGACCCCCAGCCAGCCGGCUUGGCCCCCCCGCACACGCUCCAGCCCGGGCCCCGCGGCCCCCCCGCACACCCUCACCGCUUCUCGGGGGGCCGGGGGCCGCCGCGGACCACGGGUGGGUAUCGCCCCGGGCACGGCGGUGACGCAGCCCGGCCUGGGGGGCCGGGGAGGAGCCGCCCCCCACCCCCUGCAUGAGCAACGCCGGCCCGGGGGGCAGGAGCGGGGAGAAGCCCCUCGGCCACGGGGGGGACCGAGAGGGGGGCUCGAGGGGGUGAGUGGGGCUGGGGGGAGGCUGUGGGGGGGCUGAGGGGGGCACAGGGAGGGGGGGUGUGCCAGGGUGAGCAUCUCCAUGAAGCCCCCGAGCCCCGCGCAGUGCCAGCCCCCCACCCUGAGGAACGGGGGUCCCCCCCGGCGCUGCAGCCCCCGGGAACGGCCCAAACCCCCCCUCCAGCUGCAGCCCCCGGGUCUCCCGCCCCCGGCCCCCUCGUGUCGGUGCCCCCGGCCCCACCCCCUGCCACCGCUCCGCCAUCCCCCCGCCCGGGGGGCCGAGCUCCCCCCGAGGGGCCGUGGGGCGCAGCACCGCGCUCGGGCCCCGGGGGGGUCCCCGUCGGGGGGAUCCCCGUCGGGGGGGUCCCCGUCGGGGGCCCCCCCACUCCUCACUGCUGUGCCUGGUGGUUUCUUUGCUUCGGCCCCUCUCGCCCAGCGCUAUCGUGACUAUAACUCCACCCGCUCGAUGUCCCGAUAUUUAUCUGUAACUCAGCAGCCAGAGGAGCCCCGAGAGCCCCCCGAGCCACUGUACGACCCCCGGUUGUCCCCACGCCGUGUCACCCACUUGGUCUUUCAAUAAAAUAUAUGCUUGGUGUGA